GUUUGGUUUGGUGGAGGGAUGGUAGGCGGCUAGAAGUCACGACAAGAUGUAUUUCAAGCUGCACGCGGUUUACAAUUCAAAAGGCGGCAUCAUGGCUGCUUCCGAAGGGGCGGUCCUGUCGUGGGAUCUGUUCCAGGGGUUUGGAGCAGGGGCUUUGAGGACCCCUUUCUACACAGAACUCGCGGUUGAAGGUCUUGUUUCCGAUAGGGAGUUCUUCGACUUGGUGGAAAAGAAAGACGUCCACCUUGAUGAACCCUGCCAGAUCUCAUGCAACCUGGCACUGUCGCAGCCUGUGCAGAUGUGCACCGGGUUCGAAUCCAGCGGUGCUCCGUCCGAGGGAGGAGAUUUGGGUUCCGAUGCUUCGUUCCAACUCCACCGAGGCGAGGAACGUGGUCGCUUCGACGACAGCGAGGAGGAAGAAGACGAGAGGACGGGAAAUUCGCCGGUUAGAGGGGGAGACCGCAGGGUGCUGAGCAUUCCGGGGGUUGAAAAAAGAACACCGGUCCAGGAGCAACCCUCGACGUCAGCCAAGGGUCACACAAUGGGGUCGGGGGGAAGGCCUGCUGGCGUCGUGUCCGGGGGAGAAGAGGGUGAACAGCAGUCUUCACAAAAGAGAAGGGGAGAUUCUCGUGGAGAGGCGGCGGCUGCUUCAAAAGUCACAAACGUCGAUCCUCCGUGCAGAUUCAGCCCCUGUCCGGCCCUGUGCAAGAGGGCUCCCAUCGACAUCGAUGCGGCAUAUUUCCUCGAAUGGAAAGACGGCGUGCGCACAAAGCAGGAGAUCCCCAUUAACCCGUCGCAAGUCGUCGACAUCGGGGAGUGGGAAGCGGGGUACAACCAGCGUUCCUUGGAUCCGGUGCAAACGCAGCUGAUCAUAGACGCCAUGACGACGGCCUACUCGCAGGCCGAGAAGACGUACGAGCUGCCCACACUGAAGUUGGCGCCGCUGGGGCUGGAGAAACCGAAGCCGUGGGUGCGUGCACUCCGUCUGAAGCCCGAGGACUGGAAGGACGAUCUGGCAGACCAAUACUACUACUAUUUUCUGGUCAUCGUCGAGGACAACAAGAAGGACCUGAAGGCGCCUCCCAGACCGCAGAAACUUUCGAUGAAGGACAUCCGGUGGUGCUGGAAGGACAAGGGUUACCCCAGAGCUGUUAUGGGGAACCCGAGCGGGAAACAGGCUCAGGUGGAGGCGUGGCGCAGGUUUUGUAUAGAUGCGCUUCAAAAGACGCCGUCGAAGAGCAUGGAUCUCGCGCUUGCCGAAGGCAUGGUGCACAUUUGGUGGCAAGCCUCGGGGGACGUGACAUCCAUCUCCCCCUUCGGCGUCGAUCCUCUGGAGGCGCAAAUGAAGGUCGUCGAGUUGGAGAAAGCGGUUGGGAUCACGAAAUGCCACACUGUCGUUCUUGAUUUGUGCGAGCCUGUGGACAUCACACAGUGGAUACAGCAAGCUUUCGAGAGUUUGAAUGCCCUUCUAGAACAUUUGUUCCCUUCGCACUGGACGGUUGUUGCUUUCGUCCGCCGGGAGCACGACUACUACUUCAUGACCAGUCUGCGCAAUUUGUCCGUUGUCAAGGCAAUGGCAGGAAAGUGGGUGAGGAGGCUGCAGCAGAAGAAAAGCUUCGCGGUCGGCAACAACUUGUACUCAUUGGACGACCGCAUGUACAUCCUCUUCAAAGGUGACGACUUGCGGGAGAACACGUCUGUGGUUUACGACACGAGGUUGGGGGCGGGUGAUGCUGCUGCUGUUGGGGCACAUGUCAAAGUCACACCGACGGACUUGGCCCAUCUGCUGGAAUUCGUGUGCAAGAAGGGGGAGGGUGUCAUGUUUCUCGGGAAGGCGCACGCGCAAGUCGUGUGGGAGGCUUUGAAGGGCGGUGGCAACUUCAUCGCGUUGGAGGGGAAUUCGGAGUUGCUGCAAUACACAUUGGAUUUCCUGAAAAGCGUUGUAAACUCUGGAGCCCACCGCUGCGAGUUCAUUUCGAAGACCGACAAACCGAAACGCACUUGGGAGCCGUCCACGGACAUGUUGUUCAAGCUAAACGAGAGGAAAAGGGACAGGAUAUACGAGUUCCUCUUCUUGGAGACGCGGCCUAGGAGGGACAGCGACCCUGAGUAUAUUCGCCGCAGGGAGCAUAUGUUGGUGUUGCUGGACAAAUACCACAGCGCCUCGCGUUUGAACGCGAAGAACUUCCUGGACCGACUGGAGUGUUUGUACUUUGUUGAGUCGGAGCAGGAGCUCAGGGUCGCGAGUUACAGUGCAUUGAUUGACAUGGAUGAAGAGGCAUCGACCGGAGUCGUUUUCGACACCAAUGUUCCGGAGGAGGAUAGCGACACUGAGGAAAUCGCCCUAAAUUACCACCCUGCUCCUGUUCUUCUAUCCCCGGGUUCCUCGACGGCAGGUGCGUCAUCAAGCCAGGCCACUCCAGCGACGCCCGUUCGCAGGUCCACCCCCGGCAAGACCCCCAGCAAGCUGUUGGCGAAACUCACACCCCGAACUGUUGCCCCGCCUCGCUUGCGUCCAUGGAGUGCAGUCCCACCGGAACAUCCUUCUCGGAAGGAUGAUUCCAUUCACUUUGAAGGGCACGACCACACUCAUUCUAGUGAAGCAGACUGGGGUCUCGACAUGAUUUGGCACCCAGGAACGAUCCAGCCGGCAAUCCGCAAAGGGGAGUGGAUCAUGGUCAUUGUGGACUCGGCUGGGCAAUGGGAGCCAUGCUCGCGCCUUCCCAUGUCCGAGUACUUGCAACUCGCAAGCAGUGGUGUGGCGGAUAAAGUGGCGUCCGAGAACCCUCAUCUCCAGGCCACUGACCCGGCCGUCGUUAACCACGUUGAUCGUUUGUUUCUGGAGCUUCAAGACAAGGGGUGGUUGGAACUCUCGGACGAGUUUUACGACUUCGAUACGAGCCCUUCGAAGGGAAGCGUGGACUGGAAGGAGCAGAAGUGUCGGAAGCGAGUGCCAAAACGAAGUCCGCUGGAAUCGGCGCUUCGGUUUCGUCCUGUGCGACGUCCGACGACUUUCCUAUGUGGCAAGGGACGGCGUCGGCCGUCGGAGACGGGCCGCCUACGAAGUUCAACGCACGGUUGGAUAGAGCGGCGCCGUCUGUGCUCUGCAAUUCGAACUCCGCCGGUAUCUGAACUUGCUAGGGAACGGGCCUGCAGUCACAGGUCGUCGGGCGGGCAGAAGAUGAGACGUGUGCAGGGACAGAAGAGUUGUCGGCGGGAGUCGACGAUGAGCCAGUGGAAGGAACCGAACUGCGCAAGAGGGACGGGGGGGAAGAAUGGGCAAGUGGAGGACGGCCAAGAAGAACAGGAAUGGGAAGAAGGUGGGGGAGGAGCGGAAAGGGGGGAAAGGGAUUCGAUUUUGUUGCGUGAAGGAGAAGACAAUGGAGAGCACGGAUUCAGUAUUUUAGAGGACGAACGGCCGGACAGUGGAGAAGAUGCUGGCUGUGGAGAGUUGUUUGAGUCGUUCGGACAGUUGUACACGAUGCAACACGGAGGUGAUGACGACGACGCGGCGACGAUGGAAAUGGAGACUCAGGUGGCCACUGGCCUUUCCGCAGACCCGGAUGCCUAUGACAUGCACCCGCUGGCGCCGGCAGUGCAUCUCCGGGACGGGUGCGACGAGGUCGCCAUGGCAGUGAGCCAGACGAAAACGAAUCUUUGCGCCAGAGCCCGUGGAGCCUGCGGGGGGACUUUCGAUAACGCGAUUGCGCCUCGAGUCUUGAGGGUUAUGGGUGACAUAUCCCGAGGCUUGGUGCCACCUCAUCAUGUUCUAUCUACUUUCGGUGAUGAUCAAGUGAGAAUCACAGCUAAAGAUCUGCUCACCAUCUUGCUUGUCGAUGGGAAGCUCAACGAUGAGGUGGUGAAUUUCUACAUGGCGCUUUUGGGGUCGACUGCAUGCGUGACACGUCAAACAUCAUCAGGCCUUCGAGUCUUCAGCUUCAGUUCGUUCUUCUUCACUAAGCUGCAACUCUAUGGACACGGUGGGGUGGAAAGGUGGGCUAAGAAUGUCGAUCUGCUUCACUUCAAUAUGAUCUUCGUUCCGGUGCACAAAGACAAUGAUCACUGGAUCCUCUUUUCCAUCAAUUUCAGGGAUAAUGUCUUCGAGAUUUUCGACUCCUAUCCUCGCAUUAUAGCAGAUUCGCGUUUCUACCUUAGUGUUUUCCAGUUGAUUGUACAGUACUUAGAACGUCAUACCUCACAUAGUCGGUCGCCUAGGAGUUGGAAGUCUAUGGCGGGGAACGUUGUUGUGGAAGGAGUUCCGAGACAAGUUGAUGGAGCUAGUUGCGGGGUGUUCAUGUUGACGUUUGCAACGUUGUUGCAACAUGGUGAUCGACCACCUUUCAGGUUCUCUUCUGAAGAUAUCCCUGUAAUUAGACGACAAUUGGCAGCAUGUCUUUUGGAACACCAUUGUCUUUGAUUGGUUUCCAUGACUUCUGUACAUUCUUUUGACUGUAUUUCAUUCAAUAGCGAUUGUUUUUGGUUGUACAUGACAUUAUUCCACUGUCUUUCUCAGUGCAACUUCGUUAUCUUUUGUUCGCUCAAUUUUGAGUUUUGUUUAGGAUGGUUGCUGUCUGUAUGGCGGCAUUUGUAGACUUUGUCAUCUGCAUCUUUUUUCGUGCGGUGGGACAAAUUUUUGUUGCGUUCUUUUCUCCGAAUUUCACAUAUAAGAACCUAGAGUGUGCAUAAGAAUUGAAAUCAGAUGAUAUCCGAAUUUCUUGUGCGAUAUAAUAAAUUGGUGUGUCCAUGCAUGACAACUCCCGAUAAGUGCGUAAGUGUGCAGUUCAUUACGCGACCAUCACUUGGUUUAUGAUUGCCUACAGUGCAUUUAACAAAUGACUUCGUGUUUAUAUCCGGGACUUCUGUGAAUGACCUGCUCAAGUGCAGAUGUUGCUUGUCAAUAUAAUCAACCCCCUUCUUUGUAUUAAUUUCAUCACAUAGCGAAAUAAGUUCAGAUAUUAUCAAACAUAAAUUGCAUCACUUGAAGAAAUCCGGUUCUCAUACGAAAUCAGAAAAGUUGUCUUCGUGCGAGGUCGACACCUUGCUUAAUAAAGUGCAAUAGCGAUG